GAAAGCAUGCACUUCCGUAUUUUGAAGCGGACUAAAAGUCGGGAGAAGCUUCACGCACACAAACAGGGCACAAUAUGGAUAAGUUUUGUUGUAUUCUCUUGGUGUCGUUAUCUGGAGUAUCGACACAGUUUAUACCACCGUAUACCGAAGAAUGUCAGACGGGCAUGUACCCUCCCAAAGGUCCAACAUUCAAAGGGUCUGUCACCUGGUACACAAUAGACCUGGAUUUGCCCCCCAGCGAAAGAUGGAAGCUAAUCAUGACUGACAAAAAAGCUGAGUUGGUCACCUUGAUCCAAGCUAUCAGGGAUUUGGCAAAUGCUUUGGUUCCUAGUGGGAAACUGAUAGAUUUGGUCGACAAGGACUUGCCUUUGAUAGUGAAUACCCUUCCCUACCCAUUCAACGAGGAAAUAAAAGGAAUCGCGACCGCCUCCGGUGUUCCCCUUGGCGAGGUUGUCCUCUUCAACAUCUUCUAUGAGGUCUUCACGGUGUGCACUUCUCUAGUGGCAGAGGACUCAAAUGGUAACCUUAUCCAUGGGCGGAAUAUGGACUUUGGACUAUUCAUGGGGUGGGACAUGAAAAACAGGUCCUGGUUAAUAACAGAGAAACUCAAGCCUCUGGUGGUCAACAUCGACUUCCAGAGAGGCAACAAGACGGUCUUCAAGUCCACUAACUUUGCCGGCUACGUGGGCAUGUUGACUGGCAUCAAGCCGCAUGCUUUCACUCUGACCAUGAAUGAGCGCUUCAGCCUUGAUGGCGGAUACAUUGGGAUCGUGGAGUGGAUCCUGGGGCAUAGAGAUGGGAUGUGGAUGAGUUUCCUCACUCGUUCCGUCUUAGAGAAUGCUACCAGCUACGAGGAGGCAAAGAACCUUCUGGCCCAGACCAAGCUGCUGGCCCCGGCCUACUUCAUCCUGGGAGGGAACCAGACGGGCCAGGGCUGUGUCAUCACCCGCUCCAGAGUCCUCAGCCUCGACAUCUGGGAGAUUGAGCUGAAGCUGGGCCGCUGGUACGUUCUGGAAACCAACUACGAUCACUGGAAGGAGCCUCUGUUCUUGGACAACCGAAGGACUCCAGCCAUGAAGUGUAUGAACCAGACCAUGCAGGCAAACAUCUCACUGAAGACGGUGUAUGACGUGCUGUCGACAAAACCAGUCUUGAACAAGUUGACCACAUACACCACGUUGAUGGAUGUGAACGAGGGCAAACUGGAAUCCUACAUCCGUGACUGCCCCAACCCCUGCAUGCCCUGGUGAAGCCUCCAACAGACCUCAGAUCGGUUUCUAAAUUAUCUAUUGCACAGAACAGUGGUGGGGAGAUGGGCUUAACUGAUUCAGAAACUGGAUAAUCAUGUUGUACAUAUUUCAAGUCUUUGCACUAACUGCUCUGAUCCAAAUAUUGCCUCAACCUCAAUUGCUUAACCCGUGGGCACUAAUAAGCACCUAAAUUGGAACAUAGUGGAUGUACAGUAACAUCAGAGCUCAUGUGCUCUGAUUCACAGCUCUGUAUGGGUUUUGACUGACAUCCAUUUUGAACUUGCAACAAGAAGUUGGGUAACUUUUGGUCUAUGUAUUUUGAAAGAUGACAUUGAGGAUUAUAAUAGCUUUGUCAUACAAGCAACCAAAAACACCUGUGAUUGAAUGUGCAUGUAACAUUUCCAAAUCAUGCCUGUAAAGUUACAAGAUGACACAUACCCUUGGUUAUUCUGAAGAGUGAUCCCAUUUGUUUGAAAAAAAAUUCACUGCUGCACUCACAAAUUACAAUUGCCUUGAAAGCCUAACACUUGUCACCCCACAUUUUCCAAGAAUAGUCUAGAUACUGGAUGUAUUUGUUUGAGAUUAUACAAAGUACACUAAAAUGCAAAUAAAAUCAUGUAAACUUUG